UGGGGAGCCGCCUGUGGCACAAAAGUGAAAAGUGAGUAAGCGGCGCUCCCGCUGCCCCCCACCAUCACCAGCACCUCCAACACAGCCGCCGCCGGAUCUCGCGCCUCUCCCGCUCGCAGCCAUGGCGGCCACGGCGUCCGACCACUACGGCGUGCUCACGAGCAGCGCGUCUGUCGCGCCCUCGGAUGCGGUGAACGCGCAGCAGGCGCCGUCCUACGGGGACGCGGCGCAGAGCCUGCUGCUGCAGAGCGAGUACGCCACGCUGCAGAGCAGCACCAACGCGCUCGGACACGCGCACCAGUGGCUCGCGGCGCUCUCACAUCACGGAGACUCUUCGCCGUGGUCGUCGAGCCCGCUCGGCGAGCAGGACAUCAAGCCCGCGCUGCAAGGUGACGCAGACGAGCUCCGGCAUUCGCCCGUUUUGCAGCAGCAGCAGCAGCAGCAGCAGCAGUCGCGAGCUACUCACUUGGUUCAUCCGCACGAGGGCGCGCAUCACCACCAGGCGGCAGCUUGGAGGGCGACGAGCGCCGCGCACAUGGCCGCCGGCAUGACCGCGUCCAACGGACAGGGAAUGAUGUACUCGCAGCCGAGCUACGGUGGUCUCACUGCAGAGGAUGAGCACGGCGCGCACCGGCACGCCCUGAGCGGGGACGCGCGAGACGAGAGCGAGCACGGCCACCCGCACAGCAUACGCCACGGACACGAGCACUCGGACGACGAUGUGCCCACGUCCGACGACCUGGAGCACUUCGCCAAGCAGUUCAAGCAGCGGCGCAUCAAGCUGGGCUUCACGCAAGCGGACGUGGGCCUCGCGCUCGGCACGCUCUACGGCAACGUCUUCUCGCAGACCACCAUCUGCAGGUUCGAGGCGCUGCAGCUGAGCUUCAAGAACAUGUGCAAGCUGAAGCCGCUGCUUAACAAGUGGCUGGAGGAGGCGGACUCGACCUCGGGCAGCCCCACGAGCCUGGACAAAAUAGCCGCACAGGGCAGAAAGAGGAAAAAGCGCACGUCCAUCGAGGUGGCUGUCAAAGGGGCGCUCGAGAGCCAUUUCCUAAAGUGCCCCAAGCCGGGGGCGUCCGAGAUCAACUCCCUGGCUGACAGCCUGCAGCUGGACAAGGAGGUGGUCCGAGUGUGGUUUUGCAACAGGCGGCAGAAGGAGAAACGGAUGACACCCCAGUGCGGAACGUUGGCCAAGGACUCCUACGGCGACACCCCGCCGCACCAUGACGACCGGACACCGGUGCCGUGACCCCCGGGGGUCGAACCUGAAUCUUAUUUGUGCCGUUAGCGGCAGAGGGAACAGAAAAGAUAAGAAAAAACAAAAACGUGAGGGAGCCCAUAUGACACCCUUGAGGGACGCCGCGCGUUUUGUUAUUAAACAGUGGCGGACAGGGCGAAGGCGCUUCGAGGAAACGCUGCAGGAGCGGGUCGAUCGCCCCGUAUGGAAACAAAAACACUCGAGUAAACAAGAUGAAGCCCAAGGAUGCGCUCCAUAGUAACCAGUGGGAAGCGAAUUGUAUGGGAAAGAGCGCCUAGCACGCUGUCUUCCCGUCAUGGCCACAAAAUAACGUGUCAGUACUGAUGCAGGGUCUGCCAUUCCAUUUUACCCCAGCUACGAAGCUUAUUAUUAUUGUUGUUGUUGUUGUUGUUGUUGUUAAUGUUGUAUUCAUAUUUUUGUACGCAUUAUUAUUAUUAUUAUUAUUAUUAUUAUUAUUCCUCUAUAUCUAUAUCGUGGUUUGAAAGCAGCACUGUAGUGGCUCCAUCCUACCUCUUCUUUUUGCAAAGCUGUUUUUGCUGGUUUCAGUUUUAAUCCUAACAAAGACUGUCAAGUGCUGUUACCUUGUACUGCACACGCAAAGGAGUCCAAUCUCAUGCAGAUCACGGACUCGCCCCACUGCUGGACAAAACAGAAACCCUUGAAACCCUUGUCAAUGUGCAGCAUAAUUACACACUGCAGUCAGCAUUCAGAUCAGUGUUUAUUCGCCAGUGAAGGCUGUGCAGUAUGCCAAAGCAACUGACCAGCAAAAUAACAAGACAGAUCUGCAGUCAAAAUGAGCGUUAGCUCGUAGAGAAUGAAAUAUAAAGCCGAUGUUACGUUUGUAAACGCAGGUUUAUUUCUGCAGUGUUGGAAGCUCUUUUUAAACGGCUGGUCGGCCCUAUACAGGCCUUCACACUGGCAUUUAAGGAGGAUCUGCGGCCACGAUUUGAAAGCAGUGGAAAUAUGAAAUAGAGAUUGGUCAUCAUUUCUACAUCAUUUCUGUACUUGACAUUGUUUUAUCAACAGAUCAUUUAUACUGCUGACAACGUAACCCCAGUGAAAACACAUCUGUACUCUGUAGAAUACCAUUCAUUUUAAAUGAGAUGAAAAAUGGUUCUUCUAGUAAUGGGCCAAUUAAAAAAAUAUUACACACGUAAUAAUAAUAAUAAUAAUAAUAAUAAUAAUAAUAAUAAUAUGGUAUUAUUGGCCAGGUUUUACUGCCUUUCGUUAUGGGUUACAUUUUCUAUGAGCGUGUAAUAAUGUAGGCAGUAUUACCCUCAUGUAAAUCUGUACUUGUUUGUUUGUAUUUUAUAUUUAUAAUUUUUAAGUCAACCAAAUUGUUGAUUCGACCGUUUCUGUGAGCCUGUCUGCCUUCUCUUUAGCUGAAGGGGAAACUGUCCAGCAGCAUCUGUGUGGUCAGCGGACUGCCUGUAUGAUCACCAGAAUGAUGAUAAUAUGAGACACUGGGCUGUAGCUUGUUUUUCUACGGUUAGGGCUUUUAGUCGUUGGUUUGUCUUGUUCUGCUCAUCCUGGCGCCAAAGCACAAACUCCACUGUAGCUACAGAGGCUGCUGAGAAGAGCAGUGUUUUGUUUUUCGACUAAAACGCCUGACUGAAAACUUGCACAAUUUUUUAAAAUCUCUUUUUUGUCAUUAAAAGGAACACUUGCUUUUUCCACACUCGGCGAAGUGCAUCCAAAUAAUGAUGAUGUGUGUGUUUGGCUGCUUUCUCCUUCAUUGUAGUCUAGACUGUACAGUAAAAGCAGCGGAGCUGAA